AUGAGGGCCCCGUGGCUGGUGCUGAUUCUCGCCGAGAUCCUCGGGCUGGUCCUCGGGGACCACGCGUGUCACCGUAAUGACACCGACUUGGCCGGCUGCGGUCAGAGAUCGCAGAAGAUCCUGUCCAGACGUAGGCGACUGGCUUUUCCGAAGGGCAGCACGUUCGUGAUGACGAUGUCCCUCGUGCAACCGAUCCAGGUCAAACUGCCCAGCAAUUGGAACCUCGUCUUCGAGUUCGACGUGAUCUGGCCGAUACUGCAGGAGAACUUGCGCAAGAAGCUGCCCAUGAAGAGACGGUGGAUGGUGAAACGACGCCAUCGGCGCGAGUUGUACGCCACUCUCGAGACGGCGUUGGAUAGCCGGAAUUUGCCGGGGAGACAGUGCGUCCUGAGGACGAUCUGCGAGGCGAGGACGAUGUUGAGCCCUCCUGGCGUGUCGUUCGUGGAGGACGCCAUUCGAUUGGUAUUAAGCAACGUCGAGGACGUGGUGGACGUCGAUUCCUACGACGUUGCUUACAGGACCGAGAUGCCCUGCGACGUUGCGUAUCAAUGUCCUGUUUCUUUCUUGAAGCUGUUGCUGUUUAACCUGUACACCCAUGAUCUAGGCUGACAAUAAAUUGCUAUA